AUGUGCCCUACUCCUGACGUACCGGCCUCCAAUGGCCACGCAAACGGCUCUAAUGGCGCUGCCAAUGGCGCUGCCAAUGGAGACAAGGCUGAUCACCCCGGUUACACUGCUAUUCCCACCAAGCAGAAGCACAGCAACCCCUACCAGCCGGUUGGCGAUUUCCUGAGCAACGUUGACCGAUACAAGAUCAUCGAGUCUACUCUGAGAGAGGGCGAGCAGUUUGCCAACGCUUUCUUCGACACCGAGACUAAGAUUAAGAUCGCCAAGGCCCUCGACGACUUCGGUGUUGACUACAUCGAGCUCACAUCGCCCGCUGCCUCUGAGCAGUCCCGUAAGGACUGCGAGGCCAUCUGCAAGCUUGGUCUCAAGGCCAAGAUUCUCACGCACGUCCGCUGCCACAUGGAUGAUGCACGCCUCGCUGUCGAGACCGGUGUUGACGGCGUCGAUGUCGUUAUUGGCACCUCCUCCUACCUCCGCGAGCACUCCCACGGCAAGGACAUGACAUACAUCAUCAACACCGCCAUUGAGGUCAUCGAGUUCGUCAAGUCCAAGGGUCUCGAGAUCCGCUUUUCAUCCGAAGACUCCUUCCGUUCCGACCUCGUCGAUCUGCUUUCCGUUUAUAGCGCCGUCGACAAGGUUGGCGUGCACAGAGUCGGUAUUGCCGACACCGUCGGCUGCGCCAGCCCCAGACAGGUCUACGACCUUGUCCGCACCCUGAGAGGCGUCGUCAGCUGCGACAUCGAGACUCAUUUUCACAACGAUACUGGAUGCGCCAUUGCCAACGCCUACUGCGCUCUCGAGGCCGGUGCUACCCACAUCGACACCUCUGUCAUCGGCAUCGGUGAGCGCAACGGUAUCACCCCUCUUGGAGGUCUCAUGGCUCGCAUGAUCGUCGCCGCCCCCGAGUAUACCAAGUCUAAGUACAAGUUGCACAAGCUCAAGGAGCUGGAAGAUCUUGUUGCCGAGGCUGUUGAGAUCAACAUCCCCUUCAACAACUACAUCACUGGCUUCUGCGCCUUCACUCACAAGGCCGGUAUCCACGCCAAGGCUAUCCUUAACAACCCUAGCACAUAUGAGAUCAUCAACCCUGCCGACUUCGGCAUGAGCAGAUACGUCCACUUCGCCUCAAGGUUGACGGGAUGGAACGCUAUCAAGAGCCGUGUUGAGCAGCUUGGCUUGACCAUGACCGACGCUCAGAUCAAAGUCGUCACUCAGAAGAUCAAGGCUCUAGCAGACGUCAGGCCGAUUGCCAUCGACGAUGCAGACUCGAUUAUUCGUACCUUCCACUUGAACAUCACGGAGGGUGAAGAGAAGCCGCUGCUGCCGAACAUGACUGCCGAGGAGCAGGCCAAGUUUGAGAAGGCGGAGAGGGAACUUGCUGGCGAGCCGGAGAAGCGUGCCUUGGACCAAGCCGCUGAGGAGCCCGCUGCUAAGAAGGUCAAGGCGUAA